AUGGCGCAUCCUGAUCUCGAUAUUCUCUCUGAUGACUUCGCCGAGUAUUACGCAGUUUUGAACGUCCCCCGAGAUGCUUCGGAUGAGGACAUACGCAGAGCAUACCGUACUCUAGCGCAAGUAUAUCAUCCGGACAAGCACACGGACCCGGAGCAGAAAAAGAAGGCGGAACAGGCUUUUAACCGUCUCCAGGAGGCCUAUGAGGUGCUUUCGGACCCGCAGCGCCGCCAGGUCUACGAUGUGUAUGGCAAGGAGGGCCUGGCUGCAGGCUUUGAAGUGGGCACCAAGCUUGACUCCGUGGAGGAUCUGAAGAAGAAGUGGGAGGAGUUUAAAAAGCAGCAGGAGGCCGACCGCGCGGAGCUGCUUUCCAACCACCGCGGCAUUUACAUGUGUCGUCUUGACCUGAGUGACCCACGGGCCAGUCUGGCGGGGCAGCGGCCGCUGUUCCGGGCGGCCACCGUCACCAACUCCAUCGACACACCGGUGGGCGAGUCGGACGUGUUUUACAUGCAGGGAAACGCGGCGCUGAGGGCGAAUGCGGGGGCGGGCAGCUUGAUCUUCGGGUACCGCCGCGUGCUGUCACAGCACGAUUCCCUCGACAUUAAUGCGGUGCUUGGGCCGCGACCUUCAGCUACGGUCACGUCAACUCGGCAGCUGACGCCGUUCACCUCGGCCUCCGUCACCACGAGCUACACAGUUGGCAUGGGGACGGGCAUGCAGGUCAGCACGACAAGGCAUCUGCCGUACAACAUGCAGGCAACCCUGGGCUGGGUGGUGGGCCCCGCGCCGAUGUCCGGUAUUAGCUUCAACAUCUCCAAACGAGGACCCAAGUACUUGGCCGCAGGCAAAUUGGACCUGGGCGCCAUGACGUCUAUUUCCGCCCGGCUGGUGUACCACGUGACGCCCUCCGUGCACGUGAGGGCCAUUGCCCGGGCGGGGGCUAUGGGGCUGGACCUGGAGCUGGGGGCGGGGAGGAAGUGGGGCAAGAACAGCCUAGGCUAUGUGGGCUCCGUGAUCGGGACCCAGGGAGUGUCAAUCAAGGGUCGUCUGGUUCGCGGCGGUCAAACCUUCGAGGUGCCCGUCACGCUGUCCCACCAGUAUUCCGAUUGGACGGCUCUGGCAGCGGCGUACGUGGCGCCGCCGCUGGCCUACAUUGUCGUAUCCAGGUUUGUGGUGCGGCCGCUGGCUCGGUGGCACCGUCAGCGGCGGGAGCGGCAGCAGCAGCAGCAGCACGCGGAUGCUAUCCGGGAAUCCUUGCAGAAGGCGUUUUCGGAGCGCUCGCUAAUCGAACCGGUCGCCCGGCGCAAGGCACGGUCGGAGGCCGCCAAGCGCCCCGCAGCCGGGCUUGUCGUUCUCGACGCGGUGUACGGCAAAGUGGAGGCGUACCUGGCAGAAGGCGGGCAACAGCAGGGGGCUGCUGUGGGUGCUAUGGCUGUAGCCUCCAGUGCUGACGGGUCAGGGGACGUGGCUGCCGCGAUGGCGGCGGCAGUGGCAGGGGCGACCACGCCGGCGAACGCUGCCGGACCCACCGAUCCAGAUCUGGAGGAUCGAAGCGGUAGCCAUGCUACUGCCUCCGCCAGCGGCCGCGAUACGGCGGCAGCCUCCACGCCGGGGAACGGUGCCACUGGGGCCGCUACGCAGCCGCCGGCGCUGCCGCCGCCGUGGCUCUCGGUGACGUCAGCGUUGCAAUACCAGGUCUCGGACUCCAAGCUGACGCUGCAUCCGGGUUUGUCCAAGAAGAACCAAAUGGGCUUUGCCGACCCCACGCCAGGCUCCGCCGAUUCCAGGCUACUGUACGUGGCAUAUUUGUACGGUGACAAGGUGUACGAAGUGACGGUGGACGACAUGGACGGGCUGCAGCUGCCGGGCGCCGGGGAGUUGGUUUCGGAUCCAGCCGCCGCACGGGGUUUGUUGCACCUGGGCGCGGCAGCCCACGGCGUGAUGGAGCUGUUACAGCCUGCUGCUCCUGCCGCUACUACACCCAGGGCUACUGCGUAG